AUGAGGGCCUCCUGGGGGACCGCUGGGCACCUCGCCAGGACCGGGUGGAGGCUCUGGGACUUGGGGCUCCGCAAGGCCCUUGCCCCACUGCAGGCCGCCUGGGUCGCCUUCUCUCAGCCUGUCCCGACUGGCCGCGGCCAGCUGCUGACCCAAGUCCUCCUGUGUGGCUGCCUGUCUGCCGCCGCCGCGGGUCUGACGCACCGCUGGCUGGUGUCCUCACUGCUCUGCCCCCUGGGACCCUCGACCACGGCGGCCACUCUCUGCGGCCUCCUGGUCUUCCUGGUCCUGGGCCUGGUGCCACCCGCGCGCUGCCUGUUCGCACUCAGCGUCCCUACCCUGAGCACGGAGCAGGGCCGCCGCCUGCUCCUGUCCUGGAGCGCCGCCACCCUGGCCGUCGCCGUGGUCCCCAACGUCCUUGCCAACGUGGGCGCGGCUGGGCAGGUGCUGAGAUGUGUCACAGAGGGCUCCCUGGAGGGCCUGCUCAACACCACUCACCAACUGCACGCGGCGUCCAGGGCCCUGGGCCGAGCGGGUGGCCAGGCCUUGACCCUACAGGCCCACGGCAACGGCUCUGUGCUCCUGCUUCACACGCUCAAGGCCACGAGGCAGGUGCUGGAGGACUUCUCUGGCCUGGAGGCCCUGGGCCGGGCGGCGGUGCUAGGGACCCAGCAGGUGGCCGCGGGGCUCUUCGUGCUGGGGCUGCUCGCAGACUCGGGCUGGUACAUCCACCGCUACCUGACUGACCUGCGGUUUGACAAUAUCUACGCCACAGGACAGCUGGUUCGGCAGCUGGCGGAGGCCCGGGCCACACAGCUGGUGGCCUCCCCGCCAGGCUGGCUGCUCUGGGCCGCCCGGCCGCGGCUGUCCCGGGGGGAGCUGCUGCGCUGUCUCCUGAGGCUGGGGCUACUCACCCUGCUCCUGGUGGCCACGGCUGUGGCGGUGGCUACCGACCACGUGGCCUUUCUCCUGGCUCAGGCAGCCGUGGACUGGGCUCAGAAACUGCCCACUGUGCCCAUCACGCUCACGGUCAAGUAUGAUGCCUCGUACACGGUCCUGGGCUUCGUCCCCUUUCUGUUCAACCAGCCGCCCCCGGAGAGCCCCUUCGUCUCUGCUCACAACUCGUUCCACUGGGAGCUCCGCCUCACCUCCGCGGGCUGCCGGCUGCUGCCCGCCCAGCGCCCCCAGGCGGCCGCGGCGCUGACUGCCGGCGCCCUGCAGCUGGCGGCCUGCGCGACCGUCCUGCUGCAGACCUACGCCUGGCGCCUGCGGCACGCCAUCGCUGCGGCCUUCUUCCCCGCCCAGGAGGCCAGGAGGGUCCGCCACCUUCACGCCCGGCUGCAGCGCAGAUGCGACAGGCACCAAGGCCAGCCGCUGCCCCUGGAGACACCCUCCUUCCCAACACCCGGGCGGGCCAGCAGCCUCCACGCAUGGGGACUCUGUCUCUCCACUGUGUCUGCGGACGCCAAGGUGGGGGCCAAGUCUGUGACGCUGCAGGACCACAGACCCACGCCAGCACGCGUCUAUCUCCAAGUUCCCGCUCCUGAUUCCUCGGAGUCCUGGGCCACCCGAGCGGCGUCAGUGAGCCCCUGCACGAAGCCGGAGAAACCUGUUCAGCUGGAGACAGCGGCCGGAGCCCCAACUUCUCGCGAGGAGAGCGUCUCCAGAUCUCCGGAGGGCACCCUUGCAGCUCGGGUAAUUCCCCCAACCCGCCACUGCCUUCGGGAUGCAGGGCGGACCCGCGCGCAUGGAGAACCACACCGAGCGCCUGAGCGCGCGAACGCGUGGAGCCCGGGCAGCAUCCCCCAGCCUCCGCUGGCUGUACAAGCGGUGACCUUGACCCUGGUGCCUCGCGCCGUGGGUGCGGCGGGCAACGCCGUGGUGGUCCUGGUGGUGCUCUGGAGCCGUCACAUGGUCACGCCCGCAGCGGACCUGCUGGUGCUCCUGGCGGCCGGAGUGCCCGCCGUAGCCGAGGCGGCGUCCGCCCGGGUUUGGGUCUUCGGCCACCCAGGCUGCCUGGGCAUCAUCUACCUGCAGUACGUGGGCAUCAACACGUCCAGGGGCUCCAUCACCGCGUUCGUGGUGGAGCGCUACCUCGCCAUCUGCCACCCGCUGCGCGCCCAAACCCUGUGCACCCUGGCGCGCGCCAAGCGCAUCGCGGCUUCGGUGCGGCUGGGCACCAGCGCCUACUGCGUGCUCUGGCUCUUCCUGGUGGACGCACACGAGACCACGCACUCCGACGGCGUGCACGUGCAGUGCGGCUACCGCGCGUGGCGCUCUUUCUACCCGCCCGUCUACUUCCUGGACUCCUCGCUCUUCUAUGCGCUGCCCCUGGGCCUGGCCAGCGUGUUCUACGUGCUCAUAGCGCGCGUCCUCUUCACGGGGCCGCUGCCUCUUGGCUCCGCUCCCCCGGGCGCUCGGGCUCUGAGGGGUAAUGACAGCACCGACCACACUGGAGUGUCCCCGGAAUGGGAUGAACCCUGUGAAGCCUGCAGCCCAUAUAAAGCCAUGUGA